AUGGAAACGAACUUGGAGACCAUUUUGGCAAAGUUGCUAGUUCCCGACAACUCUGUGAUCCAAGCAGCCACAACAGAGUUGAAACAAGCUGUGAAGAAUCCAGCUAUUGUCGAUGGUCUUGUAACGGUGUUAACGCAGUCCGAAGAUUCUAAGAUUCGUCAAUUGUCAGCAGUAUUGCUACGACAAAGGUUGAUGAAGAUGUGGCCACAUAUGGCAUCACCUCAAAAAACUAGCUUGAAACAAUUAUUUCUUCAACUGCUGGUGUUGGAGAAAGAGCAUAUUGUCAGGAAUUCAACAGUGCAGAUAGUGAGUGUGAUUGCAAGUUAUGAACUAGCUGAAAGUGGCUGGAAUGAGCUUUUUAUGUUCUUGAAUGAACAUUGUAAGAGUCAAGAUAUUAAACAGAGAGAAUUUGGCUUUUUCUUGCUGAGUGCAGUGACAGAUACUUCAGGAGAGCAACUGAAAUCAAACUUUCAGUCUUUGUUUCGUCUCUUCGGAGAUGCAUUGUGUGAUAGAGACAGCAGACUAGUCCCAUACUACACCAUCAAGUCUCUAACUCAUCUUGUCGAACACACUAGUGAUGAAGAAAUUAAACUAUUUCGGUCUCUUAUUCCUCAUGUAUUGCAAGUUAUUACUUUAUUUCUACAAGAGGACGAAGAUCAAGCUGUAGAAGCUAUGGAAAUAUUUGAUGAGCUAGUUGAAUGUGAUGUAUCUAUCAUCGUUCCUCACCUAAAAGAUGUACUGGAAUUUUGUCUUGAGGUUGCAGUGUCAACAUCUUUUUCAAACGUAACAAGAGUCAAAGCUCUGUCGUUUGUCAGCUGGUUGACUCGGCUGAAGAAGAAGGCGGUUCAAAAACAGAAAAUUUUGCCCAAACUGUUGAAUGUUAUAUUUUCAAUUAUGGCAUCAUCACCUGAAGCAGAAGAAGGAGAAGAUGAGACAGGAGAAGAUGCAGAGACUAGUCUGCCAUCUUCGUUUGCAUCUCAGGUACUCGAUACUUUGGCACUGUAUCUCCCACCAGAGGUGCUGUUUCCUCCAUUGAUGGAGCUUGUUGAGCCUGCAUCUCGGAGUUGCAAUCCGUAUGAACACAAAGCUGCUCUUGUUGCUCUGGCUGUACUAGCUGAAGGAUGUCGAGACUUCAUUAGACACAGAUAUUUGAAAGUAUUUUUGCAAGGCAUAUGUGAAGCUUUAUCUAAUCAAGAGAGGGUUGUUCGGAAUGCAGCUAUGUUUGCAUUAGGACAGUUUUCAGUGUAUAUGCAGCCUGACAUCAGCAACUACUGUGCUGAUAUCUUGCCACUAUUGUUUGAGAAUUUGUCAAAGAGUACAGCAGCUGCUAGUGAGGAUCAACUGGGACUGACUAAGACAUACUAUGCUUUAGAAAUGUUUUGUGAGAAUUUGGGGGACAAAUUGUUGCCUUAUCUUCCUGAGCUAAUGACACGUUUAUUUGCUGUUCUUGAAUUCUCCACGCAUAUCCAUGAGAGAGAAUUGGCUAUCAGUGCUAUUGGAGCCACAUCAAAUGCAGUAGGUGAAGGCAUGCAGCCUUACUUUCCAAGAGUAAUUGAAUAUCUUAGGGUUUAUUUAACGAAUCCUGCUUCUAAAGAAUUGCUAUUAUUACAAACACAAGCAUUAGACACACUGGGUGCGGUAGCAAGAACAGUUGGGAGAGUAGUGUUUCUACCUCUAGCAGAAGAGUGUAUUCAAUUGGGAUUGUCACUAAUUGGUCAAGUUAAGGAUCCUGAUCUUAGGAGAUGUGUCUAUGGUUUAUUUGCUUCUGUUUCUACUGUCUCUGAAGAGCCAAUUACUCCACAUCUUGCAACUAUUGUAAAGCUAAUGCUUGACUCGUUGAGGUCAAACGAAGGUGUGGUGACACAUUAUGCUGACAGUGGUGGACUCUCCUUCAAACUGGAUGAUGAUGAUGAUGAUGAUGAAGAUGAUUCUGAAGAGGAUGUUGUUGGACACUCAGUGGAAAAUGCUUACGUGGAAGAGAAAGAAGAUACUUGCAAUGCACUAGGAGAGAUAGCAGCCAGUGUUGGAUCUUUGUUUGUUCCAUUCCUGAAAGAAGUGUAUACUGAGGUUUUUGAGUUGAUUGAAUAUCCAACAUCUAAUGUUCGUAAGGCUGCUGUGACAAAUGUAUCUAGAUUGUGCUGCUCAUUUCACAAAUGUCUUGUAACUUCAGGUGCUACAGACUUGUCUGAUCUUCAGCAGCUGGUAGAGCCAUCUGUAGUAGCAUUAAUGGACAAAGUUCGACAGGACAAGGAUCGUGGUGUGGUGAUGGCAUCAUUGGAGGCGAUGACUGAUUUACUGAAAGAAGUUAAAGGAACUGUUAUACAUGGUGAUGGAAGCCUAGAUGCUAUUGUGAUGGGAGCGAGACAUGUGUUUGAACUGAAGACUGCUUGUCAGGAUACUGGAUCUGAUGAAGAAUCUGAAGACGAAUUGCUAACAGAAGAUAACCAGGCUGAAUAUGAUGGUGUAGUUAUUGAAUUGGCUGGUGAACUGCUACCUGCACUAGCAUCAGCCCUGGGUGGAGAAGCGUUUGCUCCCUAUUUUGCUGGCUUCCUUCCUUUGCUGUUGGCAAGAAAUAAAAAAUCAAGCUCUGUAGCUGAAAGAUCUUUUGCAAUUGGUACAAUUUCUGAGCUAAUUCAAAGUGUUGGCACUGCUGUCGUUCCAUUUGUUAGACAUUUGCUGCCUAUAUUUGUUAAUUCGAUCAACGAUACUGAUGAUGAAGUUCGAAGCAAUGCUGUGUUUGGAAUGGGACUUUUGGCUGCAUAUGGUGGUAAAGAAAUAGUGCGGCAUUGAUGACUGUAGUGUAUAACACAUCACAAGCUCCUCGAAUUGUGGACAAUGUGUGUG